CCUGCAAGCCCUGGCCGCUGCCGCCGCCGCUGCCGCCGCCACCGCCGCCGCUACCAACCACCCUCCGCCCGCGCCCGCAACCUCCUCGGCCAGCAGCGCCCUGUUGAGGGGUAUCAGCUUGGGUGGGUCCGCCUGGCCCCCAGGGGUCUCUCGUGCUACAGCCAUCUGCUAGCGCAACAUGUGUAGCCUCACCCUUGCCUAGUCUGGUGGCCGCAACCUUGGGGGACAGGGCAGGGCAGGAUCAAGAAGAGGAGGGACAGAGCCGGGACAGGCGAAAGGUCCCCGCCACUGCCGCCUGCUGCCGCCGCUGCCGCCACUCCUGCCGCCACUCCUGCCGCUGCUGCCGCCCUGGGCCUGGCCCCAACCAGCUCCCCAACACUCCACGGAAUCUUUGGGUCUCUGGACGCUGGUCCUGACCCCCCAGCAAUUCCCCCCAAAGAACAGGGUCAUGAAAAGAGGCCGCCCAGCGGGGUCCGCAGGCGAUGCGCGGCGCCGGUGGCCCCCGCGGCCCUCGGGGCCCCGCUAAGAUGCUGCUGCUGCUGGCGCUGGCGUGCGCCAGCCCGUUCCCGGAGGAGGUGCCGGGGCCGGGCGCGGCCGGCGGGGGCACGGGCGGGGCGCGGCCGCUCAACGUGGCGCUGGUGUUCUCGGGCCCCGCGUACGCGGCCGAGGCGGCGCGCCUGGGCCCGGCCGUAGCGGCGGCAGUGCGCAGCCCGGGCCUGGACGUACGGCCGGUGGCGCUGGUGCUCAACGGCUCGGACCCUCGCAGCCUAGUGCUGCAGCUCUGCGACCUGCUGUCGGGGCUGCGCGUGCACGGCGUGGUGUUCGAGGACGACUCGCGCGCGCCCGCCGUCGCGCCCAUUCUCGACUUCCUGUCGGCGCAGACCUCGCUGCCCAUCGUGGCCGUGCACGGCGGCGCCGCGCUCGUGCUCACGCCCAAGGAGAAGGGCUCCACCUUCCUACAGCUCGGCUCCUCCACAGAGCAGCAGCUGCAGGUCAUUUUUGAGGUGCUGGAGGAGUAUGACUGGACAUCCUUUGUGGCAGUGACCACGCGUGCCCCCGGCCAUCGGGCCUUCUUGUCAUACAUCGAGGUGCUGACUGAUGGCAGCCUGGUGGGCUGGGAGCAUCGAGGAGCGCUGACCCUGGACCCUGGGGCUGGUGAGGCCGUACUGGGCGCGCAGCUCCGGAGCGUCAGCGCGCAGAUCCGUCUGCUCUUCUGUGCCCGCGAGGAGGCAGAGCCUGUUUUCCGGGCAGCAGAAGAGGCGGGCCUCACUGGGCCUGGCUACGUCUGGUUCAUGGUGGGACCCCAGCUGGCUGGAGGAGGGGGCUCCGGGGUCCCUGGGGAGCCUCUUCUGCCAGGAGGUGCCCCGCUGCCUGCCGGGCUGUUCGCAGUACGCUCUGCUGGCUGGCGUGACGACUUGGCACGCCGAGUGGCCGCUGGUGUGGCGGUGGUUGCCAGAGGUGCCCAGGCCCUGCUGCGAGACUAUGGCUUCCUGCCUGAGUUGGGUCAUGACUGCCGCGCCCACAACCGCACCCACCGAGGGGAGAGCCUGCACAGGUACUUCAUGAACAUCACCUGGGAUAACCGGGACUACUCCUUCAAUGAGGACGGCUUUCUGGUGAACCCUUCACUGGUGGUCAUCUCCCUCACCAGAGACAGGACAUGGGAAGUGGUGGGCAGCUGGGAACAACAGACUCUCCGCCUCAAGUAUCCACUGUGGUCCCGCUAUGGCCGCUUCCUGCAGCCUGUGGAUGACACACAGCACCUCACUGUGGCCACGCUGGAGGAGAGACCCUUUGUCAUCGUGGAGCCUGCAGACCCCAUCAGCGGCACUUGCAUCAGAGACUCGGUCCCCUGCCGGAGCCAGCUCAACCGUACCCACAGCCCUCCGCCUGACGCUCCCCGCCCGGAGAAGCGGUGCUGCAAGGGUUUCUGCAUUGACAUUCUGAAGAGGCUGGCGCACACCAUCGGUUUCAGCUACGACCUCUACCUGGUCACCAACGGCAAGCAUGGCAAGAAGAUCGAUGGUGUCUGGAAUGGCAUGAUUGGUGAGGUGUUCUAUCAGCGGGCGGACAUGGCCAUCGGCUCUCUCACCAUCAAUGAGGAGCGGUCGGAGAUCGUGGACUUCUCCGUCCCCUUUGUGGAGACCGGCAUCAGCGUCAUGGUGGCACGCAGCAAUGGCACCGUGUCCCCCUCUGCCUUCCUCGAGCCCUACAGCCCCGCCGUGUGGGUGAUGAUGUUCGUCAUGUGCCUCACCGUGGUUGCUGUCACCGUUUUCAUCUUUGAGUACCUCAGUCCUGUGGGCUAUAACCGCAGCCUGGCCACGGGCAAACGCCCCGGUGGCUCCACCUUCACCAUCGGGAAAUCCAUCUGGCUGCUGUGGGCCCUGGUGUUCAACAACUCGGUGCCAGUGGAGAAUCCUCGGGGCACAACCAGCAAGAUCAUGGUGUUGGUGUGGGCCUUCUUUGCUGUCAUCUUUCUUGCCAGCUACACAGCCAAUCUGGCGGCCUUCAUGAUCCAGGAGGAGUAUGUGGAUACCGUAUCUGGGCUCAGCGACCGGAAGUUCCAGCGACCCCAGGAGCAAUACCCACCCCUCAAGUUUGGGACGGUGCCCAACGGGUCCACGGAGAAGAACAUCCGGAGCAACUACCCUGAUAUGCACAGCUACAUGGUGCGAUACAACCAGCCGAGAGUGGAAGAGGCCCUCACACAGCUCAAGGCAGGGAAGCUGGACGCCUUCAUCUACGACGCCGCAGUGCUCAACUACAUGGCCCGCAAGGAUGAGGGCUGCAAGCUGGUCACCAUCGGCUCGGGCAAGGUCUUCGCCACCACUGGUUACGGCAUCGCCCUCCACAAGGGCUCCCGCUGGAAGCGGCCCAUCGACCUGGCACUGCUGCAGUUCCUGGGGGACGAUGAGAUUGAGAUGUUGGAGCGGCUGUGGCUUUCGGGGAUCUGCCACAAUGACAAGAUCGAGGUGAUGAGUAGCAAGCUGGACAUCGACAACAUGGCAGGGGUCUUCUACAUGCUUCUGGUGGCCAUGGGCCUCUCCUUGCUGGUCUUCGCCUGGGAACACCUGGUGUACUGGCGCCUGCGGCACUGCCUGGGACCCACUCACCGCAUGGAUUUCCUGCUGGCCUUCUCCAGGGGCAUGUACAGCUGCUGCAGCGCCGAGGCUGCCCCACCGCCCGCCAAGCCACCGCCACCACCGCAGCCGCUGCCCAGCCCCGCUUACCCCCCCGCUCGCCCGCCCCCUGGCCCUGCCCCCUUCGUGCCCCGAGAGCGCGCGGCCGCCGACCGCUGGCGCCGGGCCAAGGGCCCCGGGCCGCCGGGGGGCGCGGCACUAGCCGACGGCUUCCACCGGUACUACGGCCCCAUCGAGCCGCAGGGGCUGGGCCUCGGCGAGGCGCGCGCACCACCGAGAGGCGCCGCCGGCCGCCCGCUGUCCCCAUCCACCGCACAGCCCCCGCAGAAGCCGCCACCCUCCUACUUCGCUAUCGUGCGCGAACAGGAGCCGCCGGAGACCCCCGCCGGCGCCUUCCCCGGCUUCCCGUCACCGCCCGCGCCGCCCGCCGCUGCCGCCGCCGCCGCCGUCGGGCCGCCGCUGUGCCGCCUGGCCUACGAGGACGAGAGCCCCCCCGCGCCCACGCGCUGGCCGCGCCGCCCCGCGCCCCCACCGUGCGCCUACCUGGACCUCGAGCCGUCGCCGUCGGACUCCGAGGACUCGGAGAGCCUGGGCGGAGCGUCGCUCGGUGGCCUGGAGCCCUGGUGGUUCGCUGACUUCCCCUACCCAUACGCCGAGCGCCUCGGGCCACCGCCCGGCCGCUACUGGUCGGUCGACAAGCUCGGGGGCUGGCGCGCCGGCAGCUGGGACUACCUGCCCCCGCGCGGCGGCCCGGCGUGGCACUGCCGCCACUGCGCCAGCCUGGAGCUGCUGCCGCCGCCGCGCCACCUCAGCUGCUCGCACGACGGCCUAGACGGCGGCUGGUGGGCGCCUCCGCCCCCACCCUGGGCCGCUGGGCCCCCGCCCCGGCGCCGGGCGCGCUGUGGCUGCCCGCGACCGCACCCGCACCGCCCGCGGGCCUCGCACCGCGCGCCCGCGGCCCCGCACCACCACCGCCACAGGCGCGCAGCGGGCGGCUGGGACCUCCCGCCGCCCGCGCCCACCUCGCGAUCCCUCGAGGACCUGAGCUCCUGCCCGCGGGCGGCCCCCACGCGCAGGCUUACCGGGCCCUCGCGCCACGCGCGCCGCUGCCCGCACGCUGCGCACUGGGGGCCGCCGCUGCCCACCGCACCGCACCGGAGACACCGGGGCGGGGACCUGGGCACGCGCAGGGGCUCUGCGCACUUCUCCAGCCUGGAGUCCGAGGUAUGACGCGGCUCCGGGGAGACCCCCGCCACCCCCUCGGUCAGCGCAGGCCACGGCCCGAGGGGGCGCACUAAGUGGACAGGACCCGCAUGGGUUGGGA